GGUCCAACGUUGUCUCGUCCCAGUCUUUUGGCGAUCCAUUGCGUCGGUAAAGAUCGGCAGUCUUAAAUUUAUAUGUAGAAAGGGAAAAUAAAUUUUAGAAAAACGAAGUUCUUUUAAAAUGGUUCAUUCAACCAGAACCUGACACAAUUUGAACAGUUUUCGGCUUUUCACCCCCGAAAUGUCGAACUUUUUCCCGGCCCUCGCAUGACGGAAAUCUCCGAGUUCCGAAGAUCUACGACUUUCUCCAUUUUUUUGUUGUGUCUCGGUUUACCCGAAGAAGAAAUGCUAGUUGCGACAAUAAAACUGACAUCAGUUUUCCAUAAGAUGGUCCUCUUAAUUUCCCUAAAAAAAUCUUGCUUCUCUCAACUCCACCUCAAUUGAAUUUCCCUCCCCACAAAACGGGAAUAACUCAAUUAUUAAUGAACAAGAGCGUGUUACCAGUUUUUAGUCCAACAACCUUCUAUACUUUUAUUCGCAUUGUCCAAUAGACCAACCAGGCGAUUCAGCAGGUGGAUAAGGGCAAUAUUGUCUUCACCGCACAGUAUUUCUUGUAAACGGAGACAGACAGUAAAGGAAAGAAGUCUUCAACUUUAAAAGAACGCAGUAUAAAGAUGAGGCAAUUUAUCGCCCUAAUUUUAUUUUCUAAUUUAGCUAUUUCCGAAUGCGGUGAAUUCGAGGCUGAGUCACCUCUUGAUCGAGGCUGGGGAGAAAAGAUAGAAUGGAGAACGUUGGAAAAUGGUUUAAAAGAAGCAAAAAAGAGUGAUACACCUAUAAUGUUGCUGAUUUACAAGACUUGGUGUGGAGCAUGCAAAGCGUUGAAACCCGACUUUGCGAAUUCGCAAGAAAUUGCCGAUCUGAGUAAAUAUUUUGUGAUGGUCAAUGUCGAGGACGAAGAAGAACCAAAGGAGGAAAAAUACCGCCCAGAUGGAAGAUACAUUCCUAGGAUUUUGUUUUUGUCUGCAGAAGGGGAGGUCAUGAAAGAAUUUUACAAUGAAAACGGGAAACACAAAGACACCAAGUAUUAUUAUGGGAAAACCUCUGAAAUUAUUGACAGCAUGAAGUCAGUCCUAAAGAAAACCAAAGGAAGCGAUGUAUUGAAGGAAAUGGAAGAACCAGCCAGGAAAAGCAAUCCUCUCGCAAGGGGUUUUGGAGACCGAAUAGAUUGGGUGACGUUUGAAGAUGGAUUAAAAAAAAUUAAACAGAGUGGCAAGUGGAUGUUGCUUCUCAUUCACAAAACGUGGUGUGGUUCGUGCAAAGCCCUGAAACCAAAACUUGCUGACUCAAAGGAGUUUGCAGAAAUGAGCAGACAUUUUGUGAUGGUUAAUACAGAAGAUGAAGAAGAGCCAAAGGGAAGCCAGUUUGUAGUCGAUGGCGAGUACAUCCCUAGAGUUCUUUUCUUGAGUAAGUGA